AUGUCAAAUGAUGACGACGACAACGCAUCAGCGAUGAAUGAAGACAAUCCUGACGAGGGCGGAGUGGAGGCCGCCGCGGGUGCGAAUGGCGCGAGCGAAGGAGAAGACAGGGAUGGAAGCAAGCCAAGAGAAGCAGCGGCAUCUGACAAUCAGCAGAGACAUCUGACUUUCCGUCUUGUUCACGGGAAAAGUCUGACACAGGAGGCAUUCUACGAUCUGACGGAAGGAGAGAUCUUGUACAAGCAGGAGUGGAGGAAGAGCUUUCGCUACUGA